ACUGAAGCCAAGGCACAGUAAGCAGGAAGACCUGGGAAUCUUGACUCUGGCGGUGCUCGGUCUUAACCAGCAGCCUUGAACUCUUAGGCUUAUUACCACUCCUCUCCACGACCCUCUAAUAUCCUUCUUUUCAUACUCACACCUCGCCCCCUGGCUGCGACCUGCUUUGAAAGCAAGUCUACAAUACAUUCUUUCCACCAUUUCCCUCCACGCCUAUUCAUACGCCGAUGGUCGACUCCGCCGACGAGCCUCCGCUGUCAAGUCGUCUACACUCAUGGGCUAAGAACACGUUCCCAGCAGCGUCGUCCCUGAACCCUCUCCGAUCUCGUCACGAAGACCCCGUGCGACCCUCCAACCCCAGAUCCGACGAUACCAGCGUUCGGUCGAAUCAUGCUAGCCACGAAUCCUCUGCAGCCGGCCCUGCAACCUCACAAUUGCACCCAGGUGCGGCGGAUACAGUGCAACAAAAUCCAUUUGCUCUGGAUAAGAAAGGAGAUGGAACGCCACCUACCACCAUAGAGACUACUGAUACCAAGGUCGAGGCGCCCUUGGUCCAACGUUUUGUCCGAGAUGUCAAGCGCAUCCUCUAUUCCAGCUGGAUCAACUGGCUCCUGGUCUUCGUGCCUGUUGGCAUCGUCUUGGGAGUCCUCGUUGACUGGGUUCACACCGACUUGGUGAGCCCAACUGCUGUAUUUGCCAUCAAUGCCGUCGCCAUCAUUCCGCUGGCAUCACUCCUUGCCUACGCAACAGAAAGUGUCGCUGUUAAAUUAGGCGACACGGUUGGUGCUUUAUUGAAUGUGACCUUUGGCAAUGCUGUCGAAUUGAUCAUUUUCAUCAUCGCAUUAGCUGCAAAUGAAGUUCGCGUCGUCCAAGCUGCGGCUUUAGGUUCGAUCCUGUCGAAUUUGCUACUGAUUCUGGGCAUGUGUUUUGUCGCUGGAGGGCUCCGGUUUCGAGAACAGUUGUAUAACGCUACCGUCUCUCAAAUGAGCGCGUGUUUGCUCUGUUUGAGUGUCAUCAGUCUUUUGUUACCAACAGCAUUUCAUGCCUCUUUCUCAAACACCAAUCGUGCCGAUCAUGUCGUCUUGAAAGUGUCCAGAGGUACGAGCAUAGUCCUUCUACUGGUCUAUCUCAUGUACCUCCUCUUCCAGCUGAAGUCGCACGCCUUCAUGUAUCAAAGCACGCCUCAACAUCUCAUUGAUGAGGAAUCUCAUCCUGGCGUUCUUGCCGAUAUCCUAAAUUCCUCGAGCUCCAGUGAAAGCUCCAGCUCCAGCUCGAGCGACUCGGACUCUAGCUCUGGUUCCCACACAACUGCCAAGCGCUUCCGGCGUGCUCUACGUCGAAAAAGACGCAAGUCAACCUCGAGCACGAAGGACAGCAUCACUGUAGCGGGACUUCGACGAAGCCCCUCUGUUCAUACUGGACCGGGUGGCUCAAUGAACCAAAAUGCCAUGACUGCACCUCAUGAUCUAGAGCCUGUUUUUAGUGGCGACGAGGCUGAUGUUGACGGUGAGGGCAGGACUGGCAGUCAGCGUUCUCGUGUCAGAGCUGUUCACUCCCGGGAUUUUGAGAGCGGAAUUCAGCAGGAUCAGUUGUCUGAAAAAUCCAAGAAGCGUCACAAAAAGUCCAAGAAGUCAAAGCGUUCCAAGAAAGAAGAGAAGCAAAAAGAGGUUGACAAGAACGAAGGAGCAGAACUGGAAAAGGAGAACGUCAUCAAGACAGAAACCACAACAUCCUUCUCAACCUCGAAUUCGCUGCUACCACAGGUUGGCUUUGCUUCCGAGGUUCAGGAGAUUCCAGCUGACGGUGUACGGAAACCUUUCAAUAUUCGCAACAUUGGCGACGCAGUGAAGCCGGCAUUCAACUCCACAGUCUUCCCUCACCAUGAGGCCCUUGGGAGAUCCCUGGCAAUCCCUAUUCGACCUCUCUCACAGCCAAGAUCUAGCUCUCGUGGGCUGCGUCGGACUUCCUCCAUGCCUGACAUGAUACACCCCGUUGUUUCCGUGGUACCUGGCCAACCAAACCAGGACGGCAUGUCUGUCCCUAUCCAGCCUUUGACGUCUGAAGUCGGAACAGAAGUGCUUACUGAAGAGGUCGUGGAGACAAAAGAGCAUCUCUCACGCACGUCUGCCCUCAUACUUCUGCUUGUUUCAACUGGCCUUGUGGCAAUCUGUGCCGAGUUCCUCGUCGGAAGUAUCGACUACCUCAUUGCGAACAGCGGAGUUUCUCAAGCAUUCAUCGGUCUCAUCAUCCUUCCUAUCGUGGGUAAUGCCGCAGAGCACGUCACUGCAGUCACAGUUGCGGCCAAAAACAAGAUGGAUCUUGCCAUCAACAUUGCACUGGGGAGUAGUAUUCAGAUUGCUCUGUUUGUCACUCCUCUCAUGGUCAUCCUUGGCUGGAUCAUCAAGACGGACAUGAGUCUUUAUUUCAGCCUUUUCGAAACCAUCAGUCUGUUUGCCAGCGCCCUCAUUGUCGGCUUUCUCAUGAUUGAUGGUCGAAGCAAUUAUCUUGAAGGCGCGUUGUUAAUUGCGGCAUAUGUCAUUAUUGCUGUCGCCGCCUUUUUUUACCCGACUUGUGACUUGAGCUCGGCCAGUGGACCGCUGGAAGGGACCGACCGAGUUUGUUAGUCUAUGAUCACUGCAGAUGGUUGAUCUGCGGACGACUAUGACUGUGAUAUGGUUAUGAUUUCGAACCGACCAGGACUCCUAGAGAUACUCCAUCUCUGGAACACAUGGUGCGUCAGGAACACGUGUGACGCGAAUGCUAUGCGCUUCGUAUGACAAAUUGCAGCGAUGAAAGACACGAGAUCGUGGUGAAGAAUCGCGAUAUGAAGAAGGGCUUUUUGCAAAGUCAUUCGCUAGGGAUAUCGGUUCAAGGGAUGCUUUUGCUGCUUCAUUUUUUUACAUACACAUUCUUUUAGUGGUUUCCGACUGCUACCCUUCUCAUCAACGGCGAGAAUGCAUCACAUGAUGUAUGUUGAAUGAUUGAUAAAUUGACAUUUGUUAUGGAGUACCAGAAAUUCCUUGACUCAGACAGACUACAAAAACCUCCUUAUCGCUACUUACGGGGGUAUUAUCUUCUUAUCACUUUCUCCCUGUUACCUCGCCUUGACAGGGAUGAUAUGUUUCGUAGCACACGGAGAUGUCCAUUUCAAUGCGCCUGUGCAUAUUUUACCUGUAUAAAGCAAGUCCAAGCAGAGAGGGCUAGACAGG